GAUGGCGGCCAUGGGGGCGAUGGCGGCCAUGGGGGCGCUGCCGGCGGGGGCGCUGCCGCCGCUGCCCACGCUCGGCGUGCCCGGCGUGCCCGAGCUGAAGCCGCUGACGCGCUACGAGGCGAUGCGGCUGGGCCCGGGCUGGAGCCACUCGUGCCACGCCAUGCUGUACGCGCCCAACCCGGGCAUGCUCUUCGGGCGCAUCCCGCUGCGCUACGCCGUGCUGAUGCAGAUGCGAUUUGACGGACUACUGGGCUUUCCCGGGGGGUUCGUGGAUCGCCGUUACUGGUCCCUGGAGGACGGUCUGAAUCGGGUGCUGGGCUUGGGUUUGGGCUGUGUGCGCCUGACGGAAGCUGACUAUCUGUGCUCGCACCUGACAGAGGGGCCACAUCGCGUGGUGGCACACUUCUACGCCAGGCAGCUGACCCUGGAAGAGCUGCAUACCAUCGAGAUCAGCGCGGUGCAUUCCCGAGACCACGGGCUGGAGGUGAUGGGCAUGGUCCGUGUCCCCCUGUACACCCAGAAGGACCGUAUGGGUGGGCUGCCAAACUUCCUGGGGAACUCCUUCGUUGGAACAGCCAAAUUCCAGCUGCUCUUUGCCCUGAAGAUCUUGAACAUGGUGCCGGAGGAGAAGCUGGCGGAGGCAGUGGCUGCCACACAGAAGCCAAAAAAGCCAGCGAUCGACCAGGCGGCAGCAGCGGCGACAGCUGUGCCAGGAAACGCGCCUGCCGCUAGGUCAGCGAACGAGCUGGCAGCACCAGCUAAAGCAGCAAAUGAAUUGGUGGCCGAGGAAGCAGCUAAGGCAGAGAACCAGGCAGCAGCGCAGGCUGCGGCUGAGCCAGCGGAGCAGCCGGUGGCCGGGCUGGCGACCCAGGCUGGCUCAGAGCAGCAGGGGGCUGUGCCGGCGGCCGAGGUUGCGGCCGAGGUGGCAGAGCAGCCGGUGGCCGGGCCUGGCGGAGACGCUGUGGCGGAGCAGCCGGCAGCCGAGCCGAUGGAGUGACGCUGCUCUAGUUGUGAUUGAGUAAAAGUGGGUGAGGAGACUAGAGACUUUCUUCUAACUUUCCAACCAGUCGCUGGCUGCAAAUGCUGCCCACGUGAUUUCCACUGGGAGCAGGGGAAAGCUAUGUAUUUUUAUGGCCAUUAAACCAUAGCGAGCUUCCCAGAUCAAUUUGAACAGCCCCCUCCUCUCCCCCCCCCCCCUUGCAGAGGGUUUAUGUGCUUACUUGAGGGCUCCGAAGCCUUAGAAUUAUGCUUUGAUUUCAGGGACACACUGCUGAAUUCAGGUCCCAGUUUAUUUUUAAGGAACAAAACGUCUUAUUUUUUAAAUGCCCCCCUGUCGGUGACUCAGAGCUGUGUUUUGCAGUGGACACGGCUGAGGAACAAGGCUGCCAGUUAAGCACCUCUCCCGGCGUAGGUGGAACCUCUCCGCUGUGCAGGUGGACGUGCUGCUGGGGCACCCGCUCGGGGCGGCUGGCGCCACCUCAGCAGGUUAACAGUGAAUUCCCUCCGGGGCAUGGGGAAUCGCUCGUGCGGGUUUGCAUCUAGAGAUCUGUGGGAGCAGGAAAGUGGAAUAAAUGGCUUUGCUGAA